GCCACCGGUCAUCGCGCAGCGACCAGCAAUGGGCACGGCCGACGAGAAGCCCUGGGAGGAGGAGGAUAAUCACGACAAGGACUCGGGCCUCGAUUCGCUCAACGGCUCCGCCGAGGAAGAGGAAGAUCUGACGCAGCGCAUCGUGGCCCAGAUCGAGUACUACUUUUCGGACGAGAACAUCCUGCGCGACUCGUUCCUGCUCAAGCACGUUCGACGCAACCGGGAGGGUUACGUGAGCCUCAAGCUGAUGGCCUCGUUCCGAAAGGUCAAGAGCCUGACCAAGAACUGGGAGCUGGUGCGCGAGGCGCUGCGUUCGUCGUCCACGCGGCUCGAGGUGAACGCCGAGGGCACGAAGGUGCGCCGCCGCGAACCACUGCCCGAUCACGACGAGACGGCGCCCUCGCGCACCGUGGUCGCCUUCCCCCUGGUGGACCGCGUCACCGUCGAGGCGGUGGCGGAUUUCUCGCGUUGCGGGCCCAUCUCGCUGCUGCGCCUGCUGCGACCCGGCGGACCCGUGCCGCCCUGCGCCAAGCGAUUCCUCCAGCGACACCCGGAAGCCAGCGGCUGCUCCGCCGCCGUCGUCGAGUUCGAGCACCACGAGGCAGCCAGUCUUGCCGUGCGGCAGGCCAGCCCUCUGCUGCGCGUGUUGCCGCUCUCCCUGCCGGCGGCGGCGGGUGUGCCGCCGCUGGGGCGGUACACCCGCCGCCGCCGUAGAGGGCGACGGCCAGCGCAGCGGACAGGCCGCCGGCGGCAGGGCCAACCGCAGCGUCCGAGUGCCUGGCCCGGGCGGCGCAGCCUGCAGCUCCCCGCGCCCCUCGUCGCCGCUGCUGGCCCCCCGACACAAGUCCCACAGCCAGGGUGA